CCGCGUCAAUGGAGAUGAUCCUGUUCCCUUCUAAUGAACUCUCAAACACGUCCAUUUCGCUCCAUUUCAGGCCAAGAACGCAGGGCUGAGACACGUUCGACUGAACUGCUGUCAUCCUCGUACUGUCAAAACUAUCUGCUGCUUGUACAAAAACAAGACGUUUCUGGUUAUUGAACUCUCUCUCUCUCUCUCGAAAUCAAUGGCAAAAGCCUCAACAAGCCUUUCCAAGUGCCAUGUCACAGAGAAACAAACCACCCAAAACCCAAAACCGCACCCACAUUGGUACUCACCAGAGACUGGAAUAUACCGCAGCAAGCACCCUUCAGUAGAGCUCCCCUCAGACCCAUGUCUUGAUGUUGUUUCCUUCGUCUUCUCCCACCAGCACAAUGGUGUCUCAGCUCUCAUUGAUUCCUUAUCUGGGUCUUCAAUCUCCUACCCGGAACUCUUCCCCUUGGUCAAAUCCAUGGCCUCUGGGCUCCACAAUGCGGGUAUCUCAAAAGGUGAUGUGAUUUUGAUUUUGUUGCCAAAUUCCGUUUACUAUCCUAUUGUUUUCAUGGGUGUUCUGUAUUUGGGUGCAAUUGUUACGACCAUGAACCCUCUCAGUAGUGUACUCGAAAUCAAGAAACAGAUUACUGAUUGUAAUGUGUGUCUAGCUUUUACUGUACCUGAAAACGUUGAGAAGCUGCAAGCAUUGGGUAUUCCCGCAAUUGGGGUACCAGAAAAUCUGAAUUUGGAUUCGAAGCAAACUACUUUUUCGGCUUUUUAUAAGCUUAUAUCUGGUUGUUUUGAUUUGGCUCCUAGGCCAGUGAUUAAGCAGCAAGACACCGCUGCAAUAAUGUAUUCCUCGGGGACUACUGGCACGAGCAAAGGUGCUGUGCUAACACAUAAGAAUUUUAUAGCCAUGGUUGAGCUUUUUGUGAGGUUUGAGGCUUCACAGUACGAAUACUCAAGUUUGGAUAAUGUGUAUUUAGCUGUUCUACCAAUGUUUCAUAUAUACGGGAUAUCACUAUUCGUGGUAGGAUUAUUGUGUUUGGGUUCUAGCAUUGUCGUGAUGAGGAAAUUCGAUAUAAAUGCGGUGAUAAAGGCCCUUGAUAGAUAUAAAAUUACACACUUUCCAGUUGCUCCACCGAUAUUGACAGCAUUGACAAGGGAAGUAAAGAAUGUUGGUGGAAGUAGUUUGAAGAGUUUGAAGCAGGUUUCCUGUGGGGCAGCUCCUUUGAGCAGGAAAUUCAUAGAGGACUUUAUUCAGACACUGCCUCAUGUUGAUUUCAUUCAGGGUUAUGGCAUGACUGAGUCGACUGCAGUAGGAACUCGUGGCUUCAAUACUGAAAAGUUUCAAAAUUAUUCUUCACUAGGAUUGUUAGCUCCAAAUAUGCAAGCUAAAGUAGUGGAUGAGAAUACUGGUUCCUUUUCGCCUCCUGGCAGUAGUGGUGAGCUUUGGCUACGAGGACCCGCAAUCAUGAAAGGGUAUUUGAAUAAUGUGGAGGCUACUAUAUCAACAAUUGACAAAGAUGGUUGGCUCCAUACUGGAGACAUUGUUUGCUUUGAUCAAGAUGGAUACAUAAAUAUAUUUUAUCGCUUGAAAGAGAUUAUCAAAUACAAGGGCUUUCAGAUUGCUCCUGCCGAUUUAGAAGCUGUGUUGAUCUCCCAUCCUGAGAUACUUGAUGUUGCAGUAACAGCUGCCUUGGAUGAAGAAUCUGGGGAGAUACCCGUGGCAUUUGUGGUGAGAAAGAAUGGAAGCAGGCUCUCCCCAGAAGCUGUUAUGGACUAUGUCUCUAAACAGGUUGCACCAUACAGGAAGGUCAGAAAGGUGGUCUUUACAAACACCAUACCUAGGUCUGCAGCAGGAAAAAUCCUUCGAAGGCAACUCAGGAACUUCAUAACUAAUAGACUUUGAGGUAUCUUUCUCAGGCAGGCCUUACUAGUAAAUAAAACAAUUUAUUUUAAGGUAGAGCCUUGAAAUGAAUAGGCCUUUAUCUUAGAUUUUGCUAAUUAUAAUUGUCAGAACACAA